CCGGGAGCCCGGCAGCAGAGACCGGCUGGGCUGGCACUCACCCUCGACCCACCUGCCCUGUAAUGGUAGUCUAUCAGUAGUAGGUUCCAGGUUCCCCAGGGCAUGUAGGCAGAGUUAGCGGCUGCCGAGUGUUCGGAGCCACAGCGCUCCAGGUACUCUGGGACCUUCUCUAUCUGCGGUGCUCUCUAGCUCCUGCGGAGAUGCCCAACUGACAGGAGAGCCAGUGAGGACAAACGCUCCCUUUCCACCCGAGUCCACUGCACCAUGGCUCUGCCCGCCAGUCUGUUGCCCCUGUGCUGCUUGGCACUCCUGGCACUGUCUGUCCAGAGCUGCGGGCCGGGCCGAGGACCGGUUGGCCGGCGGCGUUAUGUGCGCAAGCAACUUGUGCCUCUGCUGUACAAGCAGUUUGUGCCUAGUAUGCCCGAGCGGACCCUGGGCGCGAGUGGUCCAGCGGAGGGGAGGGUCACAAGGGGGUCGGAGCGCUUCCGGGACCUCGUACCCAACUACAACCCCGACAUAAUCUUCAAGGAUGAGGAGAACAGCGGCGCUGACCGCCUGAUGACAGAGCGUUGCAAAGAGCGGGUGAAUGCUCUAGCCAUCGCGGUGAUGAACAUGUGGCCCGGAGUACGCCUACGUGUGACUGAAGGCUGGGACGAGGACGGUCACCACGCACAGGACUCACUACACUACGAAGGCCGUGCCUUGGACAUCACCACGUCUGACCGUGACCGUAAUAAGUAUGGUUUGUUGGCGCGCCUGGCAGUGGAAGCCGGCUUCGACUGGGUCUACUACGAGUCCCGCAACCACAUCCACGUGUCGGUUAAAGCUGAUAACUCACUGGCGGUCCGAGCCGGAGGCUGCUUUCCGGGAAAUGCCACGGUGCGCUUGCGGAGCGGCGAACGGAAAGGGCUGAGGGAACUCCACCGUGGUGACUGGGUACUGGCCGCUGAUGCAGCGGGCCGAGUGGUACCCACGCCAGUCCUGCUCUUCCUGGACCGGGACCUGCAGCGCCGCGCCUCGUUCGUGGCUGUGGAGACCGAGCGGCCUCCGCGCAAACUGUUGCUCACACCCUGGCAUCUGGUGUUCGCCGCCCGCGGGCCAGCGCCCGCUCCAGGUGACUUCGCACCGGUGUUCGCGCGCCGCUUACGCGCUGGCGACUCGGUGCUGGCUCCCGGCGGGGACGCGCUGCGGCCGGCCCGCGUGGCCCGCGUGGCGCGCGAGGAAGCCGUGGGCGUGUUCGCACCGCUCACGGCGCACGGGACGCUGCUGGUCAACGACGUCCUCGCCUCCUGCUACGCGGUUCUAGAGAGUCACCAGUGGGCCCACCGCGCCUUCGCCCCUUUGCGGCUGCUGCACGCGCUCGGGGCGCUGCUCCCCGGGGGUGCAGUCCAGCCGACUGGCAUGCAUUGGUACUCUCGCCUUCUUUACCGCUUGGCGGAGGAGUUAAUGGGCUGAGCUUCCAAGGACAAGUCCUCCAGGCUCUGCACAAAACUGAAGCCCCGAGACCUGCUAGCUGAGAUCUGGGGAUGAUGGCAGCAUGGGAUGCUGAUUAGGAGAGGGGGUGAGAAAGAGAGAGAAAAAGGUGGACUGUGCUAGGAACUUUUUGGUUUAGGCAACUUUUACCUGAGAGGAGUGGUGCCAGUCCUUGUUAAUGGGGCUUGCAGGUAGGCACUCUUUAACUCUUUAAUGGGACUUUGUUUGCGUCUUCCCCAGUCGCACCGGAUAAUUUUAUUUUCUAUUUAUAAUUUGUAAUAUGAUGGCCUGCUUGCCCAGCCCACCAAAGUGAGGGCCUGGAGCAGGGCUUUAACACUGUCUGACCCAGCCAACCAACCUGACGGCUCACAUUCUCACUUUUCCCUGCAGGCGGGUUAAUAAAGGGAAGGCUUAUUGGAAACUACCUUCACUCGGUGAUUCACCUCCAAAGAGGAGGAGAAGAGGGACUAAUCUGAGUCCACGCCUUACUUCCAAUUUACCCUCCUUCCUCUGCGGGAACUUCCAAAGUCCCUUGCUGCACAGGGUGUCCCGACCUGUCAGCAAGAGACCAGCAGUGUCCUGCCCUUUAUAAGGUACUGGUUCCACCCCUAGCCGGGACCAGAACUUCACUUAUGAGGAUGCAAACCAACUUUGAGUGGGGGUGGGACUUACCGAGGGAGCAGGAAGAUUGACUGACGCUCAACCCAUUUGGAGUCUUCUGUUGUUAGCUAUUCUGGCCUAUCCCUGUAAGGCUGUGGAUCAGCCCAGCGGUCAUGCUGCCUACUGAAAUGGUCUGAUUAUUCUCUGGGAUUUCGGUAAGCCGACUGAUGAACCAUGGGUGUUCCUUACAGUCUGCCACACAUUUGUGGCCAAAAUAAAGAUCCUACAGUGAUCAGGAAUGGUGGUCAGAUUACAGGAGUACAUGCUUGUAAUCUCAACACUUUGAAGAUGGAGAAGGGUAGAACAGGAGGAUCAUGAAUUCAAGGCUAACCACACACACACAGAGAAACAGAGACAGAGACAGAGAGACAGAGAAGCUGGAGGGAAUAAUUUUUCAUGACCCACAGGGAACAGGUUUUGGUUUGGGUGUAUCUGAGGGAAAAGGCCUCCUCUGUCAAGUUCUAGUAUGACGUUGUGAGUUUCCUCCUUCAGUCCAGUGGAUGCUGGUUCCCCAUCCAUCCACCCUUCCUUCCUUGUCUCUUGUUACUGGCUGGGCUUCUCUGGUUUCUCUGGGUUUGGGGGGGAAUUUUUGGACUCCAACAUUGCAGACCACUGAAAUGCAGGUAGACUGAUGUCUCUGAGCUAGGGAUGGAUGGGCAUGUAGGACUGUCCUGGGAGUGGGUAUGCAGCAGCAGGAUCUGAGGGUAAUCAGGGGUGGGUGGUACCUCCAGGAACUGGGCCCAAGCCUGCUGCAACAGCAAGGAUGACUGCCUCUGCUCUGAGCUUCCAAGCCAACCAAGUCCACAGUGUAGAUACGUUGCCCUCUGGUGGCAUUGGAGAGAAUUCUAAGCCUGGGGACACGUGCUUUCCUUAGGUUUUCUCUGCAUCAAAGGGAAAUGUAUUGUGUGCUGCACCAGACUUACUCAUAGGAACUGACCCAGAGGGCAGAACUCACAUAUGUGGCUUGUGUUAACUUUUAGCACGGUGCCACGGUGUCAGGAGCUGGUAAGGAACCUGCUGCGUGAGUUUCUCUCAAUCCCUUGUGCCUAGUUCAGCUCUGGGGCUCUUGGAAGCUCCAGAGACUCUGGUGCAGAGUCUCCCUCACUCUGGUGGCUCUCAAAUCCUGUGGUCACAAGACAAUGGCAAAUAAAGCUCCACAUACUCCCCGAUAAAGCUCCUCUAGUCACCAGUGUCCAAGUCUGCAGAUACCAAAGACCUGUUGCCACCCAGCCUUCCCCCUGCCUCAGAGACGCGGCUCGAACAAUAGUCUUUCCUACUUUCUUCCCCCACUCUUCUCCUCAUCUCUUAGAUCCUGGUACCUUUUGUUUUAUCACCCAGGUGAUGAACAGUCUGAGAAGCUGGGCAAUCUGUGUCGACUACCUUCGCCAAGUACUUACUACCUGUAUCUAACCUGCUGAAACGAAGGGCUUUAACCAGAAAACCACAACGGCUGGCUGGGAAUGUAGCUCGAGUAGUCCAGCAUUAGCCCAGUGUGCCCAGAGCCCCAGUGUCAAUCCCCAGUACCACUCAAAUGCCUAUGUAAUAUAUUUGGGGAGAAGAAUUCAUUGGCUUUCAUUAAAUCACAUCCUAUAGGUUACUUUCUGGGUUUGAGGCUCACCUCUCUCUCCAACUUUAUCCCUAAAGGCCCCUCCUCUCAUUCUGUCCCCCUUGAGACUCCUCCUCUCAUCCUGUCCCCAUGAGGCCCCUCCUCUCAUUCUGUCCCCCAUGAGGCCCCUCCCCUCAUCCUGUCCCCUUGAGGCCCCUCCCUUUAAUCUUGUCUUCCUGAAGCCCCUCCCAGCUAUGUAAAACUCACACUUUGCCUGCACGCAGGAAUGUGCACCGUGCGUGCACUUGAGGCAGGUGGGCACCUUCCAGCUGCUUCAACUCUUUUCAACCCAGGAACUGAGCAGUCGUCAUCUAGGCCUAGCAUUCCUUUCUCCCUGCCUUUGCUGCUCUCUGCUGUCUAGUUCAUUUCUACUACUCCACUAAAAGUACUGCCAGGGUACGCUUUUCAGGGCUGAGUUUUGUUUUGUUUUUCAAGCUGGGCGCGAAAAGGAGGGCUGUCUUGAGUGCAAGGGCAGCCCAGGAUACUUAGUAAGGCCCUGCCGCAAAUAAAUCUUAUUAUUUAAAAUCAGA